AUGAUAUAUUUUUUAGACCCAAUGAAAAUGCUUUAACUUAGAAUGAGAUUUUAUGAAUUAAAUCAGCAUCAAACAAAUAUAGAUUUAUUUUCUUUGAAUUUUCAAGUUUAAUCAAGAGGGUAAGGUCUUAAAUUUUCAGUUUUAGUAAUCUUAAAGAAAUUGAAGAAAAAGAUCUCUGGAGAUAUCUAAUGAAAUCAAUACCAUAUAAAUUAAAAAUUUCUUAAAUUAGACAAUAGAAUUAUUCUGUUCCAAUACCAUUAGAUGAUAAAUUAUAGACUGAAAUUACAUUGUAUCCAAUAUUCUAAAAAUCUCUUAUAGAGAAAUUGCAUCCAUUGUAAUUAAAUGAUUAAGAAAUUUAACAAAUGAAAAAAUUAAAUCUAUUUGCAGAUGAAUAUUUAUGUUUAAGAUCGAUUAUUGUAAAUACUAGUUCCAAAUUAGAACUAACAAUAAUUUUGAAUUCUUUGAGUGCUAGUUUAAAGCACAAAUAUUAGGAAGCAAUAAAUUCUUUAAUUUUAUAUUACUUUACUAAUUUUCAUUUUGAAUUUGAAUAUAUGUCAUUACAAAUUUCUAAGAUGAUUUAUUUUAAAGAAAAUUUAAGACAUAAAAAAAUUGCAAUUAUAGGUUAAACAUGGAGGAAUUAUUUAUUAUAUUAAUAUUGUAGAUAAUUGAAAUUUAAUGUUUCACUUUUUCGAAGUGAAGCAGAACCAAAAUAUUAUUAUUCUCCAACUUAUUUACAAAACAAAUUAUGUUUAAAAGUAUUUUAAAAAGAAUAAAUCGAAUUUAGAGAUUACAAAGCUAAUCAAGAUUAAUCUAUGUUUUAAAAAUUAGCCAAUAUAAUAGAAAAUCAUGAUGAAGAGUAAGCAUUUAAAAUUGUUAAUGAAGAUUUAGCUUUAUUUUUAGUAUAAAAUGCAUUAACCGAAUUUACAACUGUUAAAUAACUUAAAUAACAUCUUUCUAGUAAUAAUUUAAAUUAAGCAUUUCUUUUUAAUAAUGAAUUUUAGUGGAAAGAAUUUGUUAGAGAUGUUAAAUCUAUAAAAUCAAUUAAAAUUAAGAAUAAAAUAUAAGUUAAAUGUGAUAGUAAAUAAUUUGAAUUUGAUUUUCUAAUUUUUGGAGAUUCCAAUUAAUUUAUAAAUUCCUUAAUUUAGACAUAAAGUAUCAUUAAAGAUAAUCCAUCAUUUGAACCAGAAUUUAUUCAAAGAAUAAAACCCUAGUUUUAAGGAUUAAAAAUGUUAUAUACUACCAAAGCUAUUUGUAAAUUUACAUCAACAUUUUGGCCUUAAAAUUAUAUUAGAUAAGUUUUUUAUGAUAAUAGUUUGAUGAUUAUAUAUGAUUUUUUUUAAGAUUCUUUAUUAAUCGAAUUAUAAAAACCAUAUAAAGAAGUUGUAAAGAAAUUUGAUUAACAUAAAAGAGAGAUUAUAAAAAUACUUUAAGAAACUUUUAAAGAUGAAAUUAAUCGUGAAAAUACUAGAUCAAUUGAAUUAUUUCCUUGUGAUUACUUCAUAUAAAGUGAUUUCUCUUCUAAUUAAAUUUUUAAAGACUCAAAUAUUUAUUUUAAUUUACCAAUAAUUUUAGGAAAUGGUAUUAAUCUUCUAACAUAAUCAAUAUUAAAUGCUUAAAUGAUAAUACAAGAUAUUUAUAAAGUCACAUAAGAUCCAGAUUACUAAAAACUUAAACAUGAAGAAGAAAAGAUGAUACUUAGUACAUUUGGAUUGAAUGUCAAUUUGAAUUCUAUUACAUUACCAUAUGAGUUUAAAAAAUAUAAUUACAUAUUGGCUUAAGGAAACAAUAAAAAAAUACAUUUUUAAUCUUUAGUUUUUUUUUAAAGCAAAUUAACAGAAGAAUCUAUACAUUAUUUAUUUACAAUAAUAGAAGAUAAUCUUUAAAGAAAAAUCUAUGUUUUAGUAGCAGAAGAUGAUUAGAAAAAUAUCAUAAUGGAAAGAACUUUAGACAAAUUAUUUAAUUAUCUAUUUAAUAUAGAAACUUCUUAGAAAGAGUUGUUUAAUUUAUAUCAUUAUGUGAAUCCAAAGUUUAAGUUUCCUAAUAUAUAUCCAGAGUUAUUAUUAUAAGGUACUAUUGAUAAUUAUGCAACAAAUGAGAUGAUUCAUAAAUAAGCAAGAUGCUGUAUGGGUUCUCUAUUUAUUGGUUUAGAACAUCCUUCAAUUAAAUUAUUAAGAAAAUCUAUGAAAUACCACAAUGUUAAGUUUCCCUAAUAUUUUAAUGAUAUUAUUAAUAAACCUAUUGUUAGUGGUAAAUUUGAAUUGAAGAUUUAGUUCGAUAACCAACUUAAAAUAACAAGAAGGUAAUUUUAAUUUUGUCAUUUAGAUUUUUGAGCACUCAAAGGAAUGAAUACUAAAUUUAUAAUAUAGAAAUUAAUUAAAAUCAUGAAAUAUAUGUGACUGAAUUAGAUAUGACAGAAAAAAAUCCUAAAGAGAUAUGGGAUCAAAUGUAUUAUUGUUUUUUAGAUAAAUAUAAUAUGUAAUUUAAUUUCAUUAUGUAUGUAUAGGAAAUAAUUUUAUUAUGAAAUGAUUGAAUUUAUUGAAGGAGAAUUAAAAAUAAUCAAUAAAUUUAAAGAUUGGAAUAAAAUAAUCUAAUCAACAGAAUAAUAAAGGUCCUUUCAACCAUAAAGAAUGUAAAUUGCAUAAUCAGAUCUUUUAUACUCUACAAUGAAAUAGGAUGAUACUUUUGAAAUAGUUAAUGGAAAGUUAUUUUAUUGUUAAAAAGGUCAUCUUUUAAAUUUAAAAGGAAACGAUUUUAGAAGAAAUGAAUUAAAUUUAAUUAAGUAGGGAAUUUGA